AUGCAUGGUCCUCCAACUAAGCUAUGGGUGCUGGUGUAUCCUGUAUUUGCGAGUUCCUGUAUUCUUCUGGGAUGUGCUAUGCAAAUACCUCAGGAUGUUGAAAUACUUGAAGGAUUCGAGUUCGACGAGAGCCCAGAAUACUACUCCACUGAUUCAAACUACUACGAGGCCAGAAGCUUGCUAUCCGGCUUCCAUAAAGCUAUCCGCAAUAAACGCUCAACAUUAGAAUAUGAUAAUGCUAAGGGAUUACCAUUGGCAAGUGUAACGCCACCGAAUGGCUUAUCGGAAUUCUCUCAAAAUAUCGGUACACAGCAAAUAAAGGUGCACGGGAAAGAGGAAAAUAAUGGGGAGGAUAAGUUGGAGUCUGACAUGCCACGUGCAGAAAAACAAGUAAUGGAUCCCGACUAUGAUUACUAUUCUCAACGUCACAUAUCCAAUUGGAAUGACGCUUAUGGUUCGUCAGCGCUUAGUGGUGCAUCGCGAACAACAACAGACAGGGAAGAUGUUAUGGCCGAUGCCAGUACUAGUUACGCGUCCCGAGGACGACAAGCUCGUGUAAAUUUCAUUACGCAACCCAAAAAGGACCUGAAUGAUGGCGCAAAGGAGCUGACAGAGCCAUUUGUGCCUAAACUUCCAGUUGCAAAGCCUCAUUAUGAUAUGAAAUACCCCAUUACUGCGCCAACCUACAACUAUGAGAUGUAUCCAUCUCGUUCUUAUGCGCCAUAUUUACGUCGCUACGACGGGUUCGAUGAACAAUAUUCUCGUUAUGAUCCUUACAACUAUGAGGACCAUUAUUUACACCGUCGGCAUUACGAUCCAUAUGACAGCUAUAGCCCUCGAGUACCGCAAUACCCUGAACUAUAUUAUAAUUAUCCCGAUCGACGUUAUGACAUUCCGGAGCCUAGAGAAUACGUUCCUAUGUACAAUAAUGAAAUCUACGAUAAGUCUCCAUAUCCCGCAGUCAACUAUCCCGCUAGUAAUAGUUACGCAUCAACAAAGUAUCCGGAGUAUCCGCGAAAUCAAAGGCGCAUAGUAUAUUACGCGCAUUUGCCAGAAAUUGUGCGCACGCCUUACGAUUAUUCCAACCGAUACGACCGCUAUGACGAUUUAAUGAAGGCAAACAAAGCCAUGCCAGGAGCUUACAAAUAUGAAAAACCGUUGACUGGGAAUGCAGGUGCUGCCAGUACAAAUGCCGAUUCCUACGAUUACAUGAAGCGCGACAAAAAGGAUCGACCAACGCCCAAACCCAUCAAACCGAGCACCAGCGGCCGACAGUAGGUGCGGAAGUUGGUUAAAGCUCCAAGCGGUGUUUGGUUAAGAAACGCCAUUUGGACAUUUCUCAAAGUAAACUCCAAUGUACUCAAAACUUCGUUAUCACUUAAUUUUUUCUAUAAAUAUAGCGGAUAAUACGAUUCCACAAUCUCAAAUAUGUACAUUUGCCACACUCCUUUAUUGUGCGAGCUCCAAUGUCUUGUUUUUACUUAUAAAUGUAUGUUUCUAUAUUUGGUUCAUUCGACGAAUGUAUGCAUUAAAUAUAAAUAUUCGGAAAGCAGA